AUACAUGGCUCUGGCUACUCUGUGAAGUUGGUAAAUAGGGUUUGACCUCGUGGGAGAGAGAGAGAGAGAGAGAGAGAGAGAGAGGAGAGAGAGAGGAGAGAGAGAGAGAGAGAGAGAGAGAGAGAGAGAGAGAGAGAGAGAGAGAGAGAGAGAGAGAGAGAGAGAGAGAGAGAGAGAGAGAGAGAGAGAGAGGAUUACGGAGACAGCAGCAGGGGGAGGAGUGCGACCGACUCACAACCUGCAACUCUAACAACAACAACCUUGUGCAAAGGAAAGCCCCACGUGAACGUGCUGUUAUAUGCAUUUAUACUAGAUAAAGAUAAAUUAGUUUGACUGGCGUUUAUCUGACAGAGAACAAGCGGAGACGACAGCUACUGUCCAUCAUGGCAGGCGAUAUGAUAUUAGUGAUGCGAGGCUUAGCUAAGUUGAGCCAGGCUGUUGUAGAGACUCAGAGCAGCACCCUGCGCAAUGGAACUGGGGUCCCCGGAGUUGGUGCUGCAGUCCAAAGUGUCCAAUCAGCUGCUGAGCAAGGCCUCUCUGCUGCUAUGAUGAAAAUGCAGGAACUGACUGGCCAGCAGCAGACGUCUUCAUCAGAGUCAGAAUUUGACUUUCCUCAGGAUGACAGUGCUUUCGCAGCUUCAGAAUUCAGGGAGGAAGGUGUGGACUUUACAGUGGAUCACAAAGGAAGUAGUGAUGAGAGCGCAGCAGCAGGAGCGAGCCAUGUCAGUGGCAAACAGUCGUUGUUUGAGGGAUACAAAGAUCCCAGCAAACAGUUUAGUGGACACGCCAGAUCUUACCACCAAGAUGCCAGACAUUUUUACAGCCACAGUCUAAACAGGCAUUUGUGGGGACAACUAUACCGUCAGCAUCAGCUCAGGAGCUACCAUCAGGACCCGUCCACCGUUGGAGGGCUGACGGCCGAAGACAUCGAAAAAGCAAGACAGGGCAAGAAGGUUGAGAUCAAAUCACACAAACAGAUGCUGAGUGAGGGAGCCAGAGAGAGGAAAGUUCCAGUGACUCGACUCAGCAGACUGGCCAACUUUGGAAGUCUAGCUGUAGGUUUGGGGAUCGGAGCACUGGCAGAAGUUGCCAAGAAGAGCAUCAGACACAAUACAGCAGGUGAUAAGAAAGGCGUUCUGGACUCCAGCCCCUUCCUGUCCGAGGCCAACGCUGAACGCAUCGUCAGAACUUUGUGUAAAGUCAGAGGAGCUGCAUUAAAACUGGGACAGAUGCUCAGCAUUCAAGAUGAUGCAUUCAUCAACCCCCAACUCGCCAAGAUCUUUGAGCGUGUAAGACAGAGUGCUGACUUCAUGCCAAUCAAGCAAAUGACAAAAGCGUUGAACAGUGACUUGGGUGCUAACUGGCGAGACAAGCUGGAAUCGUUUGAGGAGCGUCCGUUUGCAGCGGCAUCUAUCGGCCAAGUUCACCUGGCGAAGAUGAAGGACGGCAGGGAGGUGGCCAUGAAAAUACAGUACCCCGGUGUGGCUCAGAGCAUCAACAGCGACGUCAACAACUUGAUGACGGUGUUGAAUAUAAGCAAUGCCCUGCCUGAUGGUCUGUUUCCAGAGCACCUGAUAGACGUAAUGAGAAGAGAGCUAACACUAGAGUGCGAUUACAUUAGAGAAGCCCAGUGUGCAAAGAAGUUCAGGGAGCUUUUGAAGGACCAAGAGUUCUUCUACGUACCAGAGGUGAUCGAGGAGCUGAGCGGCAGCUAUGUCCUGACCACAGAGCUUGUCCCCGGGUUUCCUCUCGACCAGGCUGACAGCCUCACGCAGGAUCUGAAGAACGAGAUCUGCGAGAACAUCUUGAAGUUGUGCCUCAGAGAGCUGUUUGAGUUCAGAUACAUGCAGACUGACCCAAACUGGUCCAACUUCUUCUAUGAUCCACAGACACACAGGGUGGCACUGUUGGACUUUGGAGCCACGAGAGGAUUCGAUAGGAGUUUCACAGACGCCUACGUGGAGGUAAUCCGUUCAGCUGCUGAGGGCAACAGAGAGGGAGUUCUGAAGAAAUCUAUCGAGAUGAAGUUCCUGACCGGGUAUGAGUCCAAGGCAAUGAUGCAAGCCCACGUGGACGCAGUGAUGAUCCUCGGCGAAGCCUUUGCCUCCACAGACACGUUCGAGUUCGGCUCUCAGUCCACCACCGAGAGAAUCCACAACCUCAUCCCUGUGAUGCUCAAACACCGGCUCACCCCGCCUCCCGAGGAGACGUACUCACUCCACCGCAAGAUGGGAGGCUCAUUCCUUAUCUGUGCCCGGCUGAAUGCAAAGCUGAGUUGUAAGGACAUGUUCCAAACAAUAUAUCAAAAGUACUGGGAAGGCCGCACACCGCCCUCUCACUAAGCCUAAACCAACCCAGAGUGUCAGACGAUGUGAUGGAUCCUGCACGGCAAAGUGCAAAUCAACGGCGAGGUUGUGAAGACGCACAUCUGCAGGGCGGAGAUCAUGUUACCCGCCUUUAACUGGUAAUCAAGUACCAACUUAUUUUUUGCGUCCCACUACAAUGACUUUCUGAAAGGUACUUAUUAGCAGCCAUUAUUUCAUUGUUUGAGCGGGAGCAGCAACAGGUUGUCUGGAGUGCUUUAAGACCAAACUCUUUAUAUGGCCCCGCGAGGACAGACUGAAAAGGGAGAACGACAAACAGCCUCGGUAUCGUAGUUCAGGUGUGAAAUGAAUGUAAAAAGGUUGGAAUUUUAUCUCUUCUCUGAUGUUUUCAAGAUGAUUCUUGCAUUUGCUUGUGUUUUGCGUUGCUGUGUUUUGUUGAACUUUUGGAAAAUCACACCAACUGUCGAAUUUGCAGGAAAUGUUCUGGGUGAAAACAUGAACCAUUGAUUGUAUUAAGGAAGAGAAUUGAACUCUUUAUGUAGUAUAUGGUCAGUAUGGGGCACAGUAUUAGCCAGGACCAACAUGUCUGGAAAGUUUGAUUUAAAUUGUCUGGAUAUCAGUUACAUUGCUUACUAAAUAAAUGUCGCCGUUAUGAUGAGCACAAAUUGAUUUCACAAUGUUGCCAGGCGAUCAAGUUCAGGUUGAUUUAUAAAUGUGUAGAAAAUAUGACAAACUGGAACUAUCAGCAUUUGCACACAAGGAAAGGAUCACUUUUAACUCAUGUAUGUACAUUUUCUUUAUCCGUGUAGACAUCCAUAUUUCAGUUGCUGUUUGUAGCUUUUUUAGGUAAAAACUCUCGGGGCAGAAUAUGAAUUCAAACUGUCUCUUUCACCAUAACAUAACAUCCAGGAUCUAUUUGUGAUAAUGAACCUCGGGUUAAAGCUAUGUUUUAUAUUUUAUGUCCCGUCUGAUGAUUGUCUUCAAACUGUCCAUAUGAGCUCAUGAAUUCCAGUUGAAUACUAACAAAAAUGUUAGCAUUAUGGUCCAGAAUUUAAAUUCUGUCAGACACAAUUCAGUUUUUUUUGUACCAAAGCAUCUCUAUUCUACUGUAACUGCAGAACGAUAACAUCAUAGCAGCUCAGUGUGACUGAGCACAUCAACCUGUGUUUAAUCAUGAAUGUUGAUGAAGAAGAUCAUCCCAUCAUGUAAAACUCUUCUGCUGUUUGGAUACAGUUAUAAUGGUCUCUGGUGUGAAAAUAGAACAAAUAAAAUACAAGGUGCCUGUAG